CUUUUCCUGGCUCCCAUGGGGACCACAGAAGCAACACUGCGGAUGGAAAACGUGGAUGUGAAGGAAGAAUGGCAGGACGAGGACUUCCCCAGGCCUCUCCCAGAAGAGACGGGGAUGGACACGCUGGGCAGCCCGGUCGGAGACUCAUCGUCCCCUCCAAACACUUUAAACUUCAAUGGGGCUCAUCGGAAAAGAAAGACACUUGUCGCCCCCGAGAUCAACAUUUCCCUGGAUCAGAGUGAGGGCUCUCUGCUGUCGGAUGACUUCCUGGACACCCCCGAUGACCUGGACAUCAACGUGGAUGACAUCGAGACCCCUGACGAGACCGACUCGCUGGAGUUCCUGGGGAACGGCAAUGAGCUAGAAUGGGAAGAUGAUACUCCUGUGGCCACUGCCAAGAACAUGCCUGGAGACAGCGCAGAUCUGUUUGGGGACGGCACAACAGAGGACGGCAGUGCUGCCAACGGGCGCCUGUGGCGGACGGUGAUCAUCGGGGAGCAAGAACAUCGCAUCGACCUGCACAUGAUCCGGCCCUACAUGAAGGUGGUGACCCACGGAGGGUACUACGGUGAAGGCCUCAAUGCCAUCAUCGUCUUUGCCGCCUGCUUCCUCCCAGACAGCAGCUCCCCCGACUACCACUACGUCAUGGAGAACCUCUUCCUAUACGUCAUCAGCAGCCUGGAGCUCCUGGUGGCGGAGGACUACAUGAUCGUCUACCUGAACGGCGCCACGCCCCGGCGGAGGAUGCCGGGCAUUGGCUGGCUGAAGAAGUGUUACCAGAUGAUCGACAGGAGGUUGAGGAAAAACCUGAAGUCCUUGAUCAUCGUGCAUCCCUCCUGGUUCAUCCGGACGGUGCUGGCCAUCUCCCGCCCCUUUAUCAGCGUGAAGUUCAUCAACAAGAUCCAGUACGUGCACAGCUUGGAGGACCUGGAGCAGCUGAUCCCCAUGGAGCAUGUGCAGAUCCCAGACUGCGUCCUACAGUACGAAGAGGAGAGAGUCAAGGCCAGGAGGGAAAGUGGGCGACCCCAGCCGGACUUUGUCCUGCCGAGGUCUGAAGAGAAGCCCGAGGCGGCAGCAGCAGUGAUAGCAGCAGCAGAGAGCAGGUAA